AUGAGCCGACCCGGCAGCAGCGUUGAUGAAAAAGGGGUCAACCAAAAUGGAGACCCAGGAGGUCAUCUCUCCGUGUUUAGCAAUACUCACACCGCAGCACUGACUACCGAAAUAAGGCUACUGUCCGCUUUCAAGAGAGACACUCAGGCCAGGAAAGUUUAUCUGGCAGGGAGAGAGUAUUACAGCGAGGAAGGGAAGACCUUUGAACCGCAUCUUGUUGGAAAAAUAAAGCAACAGUUAAGUGCUGAUCCCACUCUUCAUCCAGAGUAUCCAUCUUCUUUCGGUCUGGUAGAGUUCAUCCGGCAAGCCACACAGGUUGCUCUGGGGAGGAGCUCAAGGGCGAUAGUGGAGAACCGGGUGUUUGGUGUCCAAACUCCUGGUUUUAAUGCUGCUGUACGACUUGGAGCUGAACUCUUGAAACACCUGUGUGAUGUCAGUGCUGCUUGGUGUGGACCAGUUUACCUGUCGUUCCCUUGUGAUGACUCAUUGGCCAGUAUCUUCCAGGCAGCAGGGAUCCAAGAUAUCCCAUCAGCCCACUACCCAACCGGAGCAGAUCUCUCUCACAAUCAAUGGGCCGUGAUUGCAGAACUCAUCAUGAGGCGUAGACUUUUCCCUUUCCUCUUGCUGCCUGCACAGGCGCUCUGCUAUGGAGAUUUAGAGCGGGAUGCUUGGCCUGUACGGUACUUUGCAUCGCAAGGAAUAGAGGUCCUCUGUGCUCAGUCAUUCUCCCAUUGCUUUGGAUUGUACGGUGAGGCUGUUGGGCACCUCCUGUGCAUCUUGAAGCACAACUCCCUCCUGUUAUCGGUGCAGUCACAGGCUGACAAAAUAGUGAGAUCACUUUGGGCCCAGCCAUCCGUGGGAGGAGCGCGUGUUGUCGCCACAGUGCUCAGCAACUCAGCGCAUCUUGUUGAAUGGCAGGGUGACGUUAAGCGCAUUGUCGAGAGAUGCAUGCUGAUCAGAGCCGUCCUGAGAGAAAAGCUGAGGCUUCUGGGAACUCCAGGCUGCUGGGACCACCUGACUCAACAAGGUGGACUCUUCUGUUGUACAGGAUUAAAUGGGCAGCAAGUAGAAUUUCUGUCAAACUGCAGACAUGUGUACCUGCUCCCCAGUGGCUGUCUGAACGUGAGUGCAAUCAACAGCCGUAACCUGGACUAUAUAGCUGAGUCUAUCCGCCUGGCUCUGACCACGUCACUCUGA